UGCAUUUUUUUUUUCGUUUUUCCUCUUUCCUUUCAAUCUCUAAAUAUACGUAUAUCUACCUCAUUUUAUCCCGUUUCAGUUUUAGUUAAAAAGGACAAACUUAUUGUGUCUGUACCUGUCAUCUGUCAUUUGUGUUUUCUUUUGGAGUAAUCUCGUUGUGUUAUAACUCGUUGUAACUUAUAACGCGUCGAACAAACCUCGUUGGUUUUGCGGCUUAUGGAGAAAACAAAGUGUUCGUGAAUAUUCCUUCGUGAAUUGCUUGUGAAUUUUUACUUAUUCCUCGUGCACGUUUAUACAGGAAAACUAUGCUGGGUCGGAUCAUACGCGAGCUUAUUCGUGAAGAGGCUAAAGAUAUAAAGAAGCGUCUGUCGCUCAAAGGACAGGAUGUCGACGAAACCGUGAUAUGCGAGCUUCUGGAGAGCUUAGAUCCCAAUCACGAAAUAGAUAGGACGGAAUAUAUUAUCAACAUGAUUAUGGGCAGUCGAGAUUUUGAUUUUCAAACAUCUUCAGAUGAGGCAGGACUAUCCAUCAAGACUGAGUAUGAAGGCCAGAAUGAUAUUAUGAAGUCUCCUGAACUCGACGUACACAAUUCUUCCACGAAAAGUAGCGAAACAAUCGAUGUUUCGGAUUCCGAGGACGAUAGAGACUAUUAUUAUGAUUACAUUAGAAACUACGAUGAUGUUUCGAUUAUCAAUACAACUGCUGCCACCCACUCGUCGUCCUGUUCCGUUUUCGACACUACCUUGGAUCAAACUCGUGACAAUGUAGAUCAAAGCAUGGCUGAAAUAGAAUUCUUAGAAGAGAAUAAUAAUAACGAUGUGAUUUAUAUGAAGAGUGUUACCUAUGACAAGACUAGAGUCUCAGAGAGUCCAAAACCAGGUUGCAGUAAGGAUUUGGACGAUAGAUCCGAAAGCCCCGAGGAAUAUUGCUAUUCCUGCGAUGUUGAUGAAUUGCAGAUAGACACACAACAGAUUCAUACUCUUUUACCAAAUAUCGAUUAUGGUUUGAUCUAUAAAACACUCCGUAAUAAUCAGUUAGCAAAGAAUCGUAUCGAGCUUACAUUGUGGGACUUGUUACCAGAUGAGAGGCCAAGUCCUCAAUUAGCGUAUAAACGAAAAUGCAUGCCCUAUGAGAUACGUUCUAUAAAGAAUAAAAAGAAUUCUGGUAUUUCACAAGAAAACAAUGGAGAUACAAAAAUGGUUUCAGAAAAGGAAGAACAGAUAUAUGCAAAGAAUGAAAUAAAAACUGUAGAUGUCGAACUAAAAAAUAAAGAGUCUAUGUCAUUAGAAAAUGAGACUGAAAAAAUGGAAAUAGAUAUAACAGAGAAUGCAUCAGCUAUGAAUAAUACAGAUAAUAACACGAAUAAUCAACAAACUGAUAUGGUACCGGAAGCAAAGUUGAUUUGUUUGGAUACAUCCGCUAAUGAUGUUAAUGUGUGUAAGGAUGUACAUGAGUCGGAGAAAUCAGAUUCAUCAGGAAACAAUUCAAAGAACGAGGACUUGCAAUCGAUUAUGAAUUCAGCAGUGCCACAGAUGGAAAUAAAAAACAUACUCUCUACAACCAUACCAAUUGCUAUGCCAAGUGUUGCUAUGCCGAGUACUGUUGUACCAAGUAUUAUUAUGCCGAGCACUGCUGCACUGAGCACUGUUGUGCCAAACACUGCUGUGCCAAGCACUGCUAUGCCAAGCACUGCACUGCAGAGCACUGUUGCGCCGAGCACUGUUGUGCCGAGCACUGCUGUGCCAAGCACUGCUCUGCAAAGCAUUGUUGUGCCAAGCACUGCUGCGCAAAGCAUUAUUGUGCCGAGCACUGCUGUGCCAAGCAUUGCUGUACCAAGCACUGCUGUGCCAAACAUUGCUAUGUCGAGAAUGCCAGGAAUUGUUAUACCGAAACCUGUUGUGCCUGUAUUAAGACCAGCGAGAUUUACAUUUCUUAAAGCAGGGGCACCGUCAGCAGUAUCAUCAUCUAAACAUCCGGUUCCUAUUUUAAAACCAUCAAAAUUAAGACAUGUAACAGAUACAUUGCAAAGUUUGAUGAAUACAAGAGAUACCAGUAAUUAUACUGCAAUAAAAACUACAAAUAAUAUGAGAGCUGAGGUAAAUAAAGAAAAAAUGCAUGAAGCAGCGUACGAUAAUACAUUUCGUAGAGAUUUUGUACACGCCUGGUUGAACUCGUCUGUCAAACCAGUUCCGCCGAACAAAACGCUGUCGAAUACGAAAACGGAAGAAAUGAAAUUUCCCGAGAAACGUACCACCAACACCAAUGUACCAAUGAGAAAACCUAUGCCAUCUUCCGCCCAAUUGUUGAACAAGUUAACAAAGCACAAUACGUUGCUUAGUACACAAUCAGGUGGAGCAGUAAAAAAUAACGAAUAUCUAAAUUUUCGUGUAAGAAAAGACAUCGUCGAAGUAAAAAAUAAUUUCGACAGAAGACAGAAAGACGAUAUAAAUACGCUUCAGGUUUACAAUACAGCAAUAGAAAAACAGAACUUUAUGUUAGCAUUCGGCAUGGAACCAAAUGCUAAUAAGGAGAAGCAGAUAAGCACAGCGAGUAAUGCUGACCAACAAGAAAUAGUAUUAAACAAGAAAGCUCUUCAACUGUAUUACAAAUUAAUACCCAUGUUUCCAUCUGUAGAUACAGUUUAUAUUAAACAACUGUGCAAAAAUUAUCUUACAGAUGAGAAUCUAUUAUAUGAUGAAUCAAUAUUGUUGCAAAAUUUAGUUGAACAUUUGCUAGUUAAUGGCCAAAAACAUCCAACUGUGAAGAAGGCAAAAACAUCGUUGAUGAAUAAUUCCAAUACUUAUAGUCUAAACGAACAAUAUGCGGAUUUAUUAGGAAUAUUCCCAGAGGCAGAUCCAAUAUAUCUAAGAAAAGUAGCCGAAGAGAUGUAUCAAGAUCCUGAGAAAAUAAAAGAAUUCGUCCAAUCAAAAUUGGAAAAUCCAGAUUUUCCAACAAGAGAGCAAUAUCUGGCUAAAAAGAAAAUAACGGAGCAACAAAAACAAUAUACUACAGAUUUUAAAAUACAACAAUUUUUAGAGCUAUUCCCAGAUCCAUUUUCACAUUUUGAAAAUGUGACCAGACAGUGCAAGUUUAAUCCACAUGGAGUGGAUUUUUUGAAGCAACAUUUCAAUAAAAUCAGGGUAAACACAUUGUUGAAUACAUACAGUGAGCAUUUACAUAAUUUAAGUCUAACUGCUAAGGCUUUAGAAAUAUUGAGCCCUGAUAUGAAAAGUAGACGACCUCAAAACAAAAUGAUGUUAACAGAAGAUAUACCGCUCUUGCAAGAAUGUGCUUUUAUACAGCAUAGGGUGGAAAUUAGAAUGUACCUGACUGAAUUGAAAGAUAAAGAGCAGAAGGACUUUCAGGAACUCAAAGCAAGGAACGAGUUGAUUGAAUGUCAAUGUUGUUUUGACAACGAGUGUAUGCCAUCCAAAUGUUCUACGUGCGAGGAUGGACAUAUCUUUUGCAAUUCGUGUAUCGUAAGAAGUACAGAAUUAAUAUUAGCAAACGGCAAGACGCAUGUUGAUUGUUUAUUAAGCUGCGGCAGUGAGUUCCCGUUGUCUGUACUUCAACAAGUACUACCGCCAACAAAAUUCAGUAUUCUUCUUUGCAAACGGCAAGAAGCGGAAAUAAUGGCCGCUGGAUUAGAGGGCUUGGUAUCAUGCCCAUUUUGUCAUUUUGCAUCUAUACCACCACCCGAGGAUAAGGUGUUUAGAUGCCUGAAUCCUAACUGCAUGAAAGAAUCGUGUCGAUUUUGUAAGGAACUCAAUCACAUCCCUCUGAAAUGCAACGAAGGGAAAUCAGACGUUGCACGUUUAUGUUUGGAAGAAAAAAUGACUGAAGCUCUUGUACGGAAAUGUUACAAGUGCGGACGAAAAUUUUUCAAGGAAGAGGGCUGUAACAAAAUGACUUGUCUGUGCGGUGCUCAAAUGUGUUAUAUUUGUGAUAAACCAGUAACCGAUUAUAGACACUUUCAAGGUCAAGGAGUUCAAAAUUCAAAACUCUGUCCAUUAUGGAGUGAUGAUCGUCGUAUGAAUGCAGAAUCAGUAAUUAAAGUGUGUCAAGAAACACUCAAACAUAUUAAGCAAAAAAACCCUGAAGUCGAUAUAAAUGUCAAUGCUCUUUUACCAAAAUUACCGCCUAAAACAAGAGGCCCCCAUGAAGAUGUUGCUUUUGCCAAUAUAAUGCCGGCACAUGCCGAAAGAAUUGCAAGGCACAACCCAUGACAACUUUGUGUUAAUGUUAUUUAUGAAAAAGGAGAUAGUUCGUCAAUAUAUUUUGUUCUGAAAUUUAGUUUGAUAUAUUCAUAUUCAUUAUUAUUAGAAGAUUUCUUUUAAAUGUGCAGUCAAGUGUCAUACAUUCAUAAAUUGAGGGGUUAAAUGCAAUAAGAAUCUAAAUAUCUUUUUCGCAUCUUUUGUGAAAGAUGGGGUUUAAGUAACUUCAGGAUAAAUUGAAAGAGAAGAACAAGUGGAGGAAGGAAGGGAGAAUGAAUUUUAACUUUUUUAAUUGUUCAUAAUAUUCAGAUCUGUCGCGCAAGACAUGAUCAAAUUAAUUUUUACAUUGUUAUUGUGCACACAAUUCCUCGAUUUAUUUUAUAAGUUAAGAAUAAAAAGUAUUAGGAUAAACAAUAAGGAAGAAAAUAGCGGAAGACAUUUUAAUUUUAGUGACUUAAUAUUUGUUAUAUGUAAGAGAGACAUUGCAGCAUAUUUUUUUCGAAUUCAUACCUGAAAUACAUUGUUCCUAUUUUGCAGAAA